AAGCACACAACAACAGAGGGGUGUGACCCAUCGUAGUGAAUAUUUUUAUUUUUAUAAACAAUAAACGGCUGCACUGAAAUUGAAUGUUUGCUGAUAUCUGACUUGAAGAUUUAAACACAAUGCCGCGAAGCAGUUAUCCGCCGAAUACUGCCAUCUUAUUCCAAAUGGGGAGAGCGAAACAUACGCCAAGUCUAUCCCCGUUUGCAAUCAAACUGGAAACGUAUUUGCGCAUGGCAGAAAUCCCCUAUAAGAGCGUUCAUACACGCAAGAAAUCAUCCAAAGGAGAAACGCCUUGGAUUACGUACAACGAGGAAACCAUUCCGUCACAGGCACAAUGUAUUGACAUUCUGAAUAAGAAAUGUGAUAAGAAUCUCAACAAAGAAUUGUCAGAUUGGCAAAGAAGCAUGGCGAAAGCAUUCCAAAGACUGACAGAAGAAAGUCUUUAUUGGACGUUACUGUACGCACGUUGGAUUGACAGAGACUACUGUGAUUCAAUGAGGGAUAGUUUUCCGUCAGGUUUUAUGAUGGACAUAUAUCUUUGGCGAGAAAAGGGUCAAGUGGAAAAGGCACUACAAUACCAAGGGACGAGUAAACACACAAAGGAUGAAAUAUACGAUAUUGCGCUGACGGAUAUCAAGGCUCUUUCUGAGUUCCUAGGACCUAAACAAUAUUUUUUCGGUGAUGAGGUGAGUGAGUUUGAUGCUGCUCUCUUUGGUUUCGUGGCUACAUUUGCAUAUGAGUUACCCGGUUCACCACAAGAAAGAUUCAUCAAAGGUGAGUGCAAAAAUCUGUUGGCCUUCUGUGAACGUAUAAAGGAAAGAUAUUGGCCUGAUUGGAAGAAAUGCAUCAUGGGCAAUAAAACAAUCGAUGAUUACCCAGCAAUACCAAAAACAGAUCCAACAGUUUUCAAUCCAACAGAUGAUGAAUCAACAAGCACUAGCACUAGUAAUAGUAAGAGUAGCAGUGGUCGUAGUAGCAAGAGCUCAAACGAAGACGCCAAUGCGAAAGAUCAAAAUGACGCUGACGCCGUGGUAGCCGCACCAACUACCAAUGCUACCGGAACUCAGUUGGACGCUACGGAAACAACACAGGAACCAACGCAGGAACCAGCGCAACAACCAACGCAGAAACCAGCGCAGAAACCAACGCAGGAACCAACACAGGAGGCAGCGCAGGAACCAACGCAAGAACCAGCACAGUCGGCGGAAAAUGUUGUGGGAGAAGUGGCUUCCGCUGAGGUACUCGAGAAGAAGCUAGAAAACAUGCAGGAAAAAAUUGCCGUAGCUGUCGAGGAAAAAACCGAAGAAAUCAAAGUAAAGGUUGAAGAGGCAGUAUCAACAGAUACCAGUGAUGAACCGAGGCCAACCGAAAACACAGAAGAACCUAAACCUGACGAGAGCACAGCAACAACCACGGAUGUAACAAAAACUGAAUAA